CAUCACCCCAAACCACACCCGUCAUUUGAAAAGUCUGCGGUCACAAACCUUCUUCGGUCACUCCAGACUAGGUCCCCUGCAUCUUUCUCGCGGUCAAGAGCGCGUCCGGAUGAUACAAGAGGCAAACACCGAGUGGCAUUGAUAUCAACUACACGUGCUGUCCGCGAUCGGGCCACAGUGGGCAAGUGCUCGGUUGCCAUCUAGUCUCACAUUAUAAGGACCCCGAAGAACGCCGCCGCCGCCAAAGCUAUGGCACGCCCUCAGGUAUCUGUCCACGACAAGACGAGUUACAAUAUCCAUCCAACCCCACCGUCCCCGUCUCGCCUCAACUCUCCUUCCCCACCCUCUCUCUCAUCAUCACAUUCAAACUCGGCGAGUUCCUCUGCAGAGCCCUCAACUCCACCACCCAGAUCCAAUGCUCGCGGUCGCACGCGCAAACUAUACCCAGAAUCAAUCGGACGCGUGCCUUUGCAUCGCCGAGGGACAUCCAAGACCUACGAGCGUCUUGAAGAUCUUUUACGUGAAGCCGGAUACAAGGAAACACGAAUAUUCACUCCAGAAACGGAACGCACGGCUCCCCCAGACGACACCAAAAGUCCGACGUUGGGUGCGACUGUCGUCGGAUUCCUUUCGAAUUUGGUGCCCAGCCGUUCUUCCAGCGUGCGGAGAGGGGACGAAUCGGAAUCUGAGUCGGUCACACCUGCUUAUUCACCACCCAAAUCGCCAUUGCAGGGUCGCACUCCCACGAUUGAUGCCACUCCGAGCUCGACUUCCGCAUCCCAUCAUCCUCGGCGGAACAGCCAUGUUCCCGUUAUCGGACCUCGGGCCAGCAGCCCCAGUCUUCGCUCCUCCCGACGGAAUGAUAACGGCGGCGACGACGUUCCGGGCACAAUGACCCUCCGGCGAAGUUACGCCGAUUUGCAGGUUCACCGCCAACGCACUGUGGAGUCCGCCGUUGUAUCUCCACUAUCGCAAGGUGAUGGCGUGCAUCAUCCAGCGCCGCAGCGAACUGUCAACCGGUACUAUCAGCAUCUCCCAUCUUCCUCCAACUCCGGGAGUGGCACCGCCUCCCCACCACCUGUGCAUCUUCCGACUCCGACGAGAGCUUCGGCAUACCUGCGCCACAUGACAUCCUAUGAGCGACCGCAGAGCACCCCGCCGGGUUUCACUCGGAUUGUGGACAACGCGGCCGAGGAAACGCCGAACCCGGCGCGUCCCCCGCGCAUGCCUUCGAAUUGGAUGGACAACGUGAAGCGCGCGCGGGAGUACUUCGGGACCCCGCUGCCACCUAUAUCCGGCUCGCCCGUCAGAUUAGAGCGUAGCGUCUCUGCGCGAGGCCGAACAAACGACCGCAAUGGUAGCCUUGCACCGCCACUGCUUACGGCGCGAUUGACCAGCGGACGGGCACGCCGAAGCGAGAGUCAGGUCAGCGUCGGGCGCGUGGUCUGUCGUAGCCGAGGUUCCUCGCCUGUGCGGAGGGAGAAGGGGAAAGGCCGAGCGACCGAGGCUCGGCUUGACCUGGAAGGGCAUUUCGAGUUACCGGAUUCAGAUGAGGAUUCGCGCUCACGGUUUCUCAGCGGCUGGGGCGUCGAUGCUACUGCAGUCAGUGCCCAGCUUCUAUCUCCUCCUCGACGGCGCGAGCCGCGCGAUCUGGAGUCGACGAGCGACGUCUCGUCUGAGGGCGAAGAUGAGAUUACUCUGGCGCGGAUUCUCGUGCCUUCUCGAGCUGGUCCCAUCGAACGAAGUCGGUCCAUCCGCAGUCUGCGCAUGUGUUUAGAGCGUGGUGCACAGCAAACAGAGCCCAUCCCGCCUGUUCCACCGCUCCCGGCUGACGCAUUGCCCAGUGGGUCUGGGCGGUGGAGUGUCAGCUUGAGCUGGGGCCGCGCGCGUGGUGCCGCCGAGCAGGAAGAUCCGACGCCGUUCUCGGACUCGCGCCAGGGCUCGCUACGCAGGCGGAGUGGCCUGCCUUCUUGGGAAAGUUGAAGUAUAUCCAGCAUAUUCUCUCUUUUAUGGAACCACAUCAUUCUCUCUCUAAUCGCGCACUUUUUACUUUACCCGGAAGGUUAAUGCAAGUCCAAAUUGUAUUAUAGAAAUCUCUCAAUGCAUGCCCUCUUUUAUCUGUACAUUGAGUGCCCUCUUAGAGUCCCGCAGCCCUACGUCAGAAUGCGGGGUCAGUCGAUCAAAAUUUGCGGGCCACAUCUUGGCACCAUCUACCAUCUCGAUGCAGGCUCCUCAGCGUCCAUCGUUUCUGCCGCGCGGUUUGACAAACAGCUCCGCGGCGAGCUCGUCGAGCGCACCUCUCUCUGCCUCCGCGUCAACGGCCUCGGCCUCCAAAUCCGCCACCAUGCACGUUAAACGUGUUACGCUCACUUCAAAGAAGAACUGGUGGAUGGUGGAAAUGGAUGAAGAGGAGCAGGCACCGCCCGAUCUCGCGACGUACACCUCCGAAGCCGUGACGGUGGUGGACCGAGACAACAUCGAAUCGUUCUACAACUACGACCACCACCCAUCCGACGUGCACCAUUCAGAACAGAAGAUACGACAGCAAGCCACGCCCGUGCCGACACAGCCGAUCUACAACCCGCUGCGCCAUCCCAAUUCGCUGUUUUCGUUCCCCACGCCGCUCGCGUAUACCGCGCCGAAAUCGACGUCCAACCCCACCGCGAGUCUGUCCCCGUGCGCGUAUGGAUCUGCAUCGGAGCUGUUCAAGUGUAUAGUGAAGAAGCCGAACGUGGUGCAGUUGGAGAUCAACGGCGAGAUGCAAUCAAACGCGCCGGAUGUGACGGUGCAGUUUCUCGCUGAGCUGCGUGUUUAUACCACACUCAGUCGGCACCGCAAUAUCUGUGCGUUUCUAGGCUCGCUCGAGAACGUGGGGAUGGUUCUAGAAUGGAUCGAAGGCCGGACACUCUACGAUGUGGUGAUCGCGCGACCGCCGCUGACGGAGCCCAAGAAACGCGACUACCACAAUCAGCUUCUGGACGGGCUGACCCACUUGCACUCCUACGGGCUCAGUCACGGGGAUCUCUCGCUGCUGAACGUGCAGGUGACCACCGGGAGCGACACCGUGAAGCUGCUCGACUUCGGGCGCUCGGUCUCAGCCGACUCGUACCUGAUCUCGCCGGACGACGAGCCUGCUGAUCCGCUCGCGGCCGGGAGGAGAUCCGAGCAGAUCCACCCCGGUACGCGCCCGUUUUCCGCGCCCGAGAUCCUGCGGGGAGAGUGCACGGACGCGCGGCUGGCGGAUGCGUAUAGUUUCGGGAUGAUGCUCGUCUGCGUCGACCGGUGUGAGAGCAUCGACGUCAAGCCCUGGGAUCAGCGCAAGGAUCUGUUGCCCAAAGACUUGUUCGACGGAUGUGGUAUAUUCGAGGCACGGGCCAGAGAGUAUCUGCGGCGGUGCAAUGCUGGACGUCGACGAUUGAUGAAGGAGGACAUUCUUUAAAAUGAUUCCACUGGGCACUAGUAAUACAGGUAUCAGCUUACUGAAGAGGACUAACGACGAAGAUACCAUUGUAUUGUAUUGGAUGAUGAUGCAUCACAGCUCUAUCUAGGCGAGAAGUUGACUGAAAUACACUCCCAGCUGUUGCACAUCCUCCGGAUAUACGAUGCAUGCGAUCCAGCCAUCAGGACGGAACACGACAACUGCACCGCGGGCAAUGUCCACUCCGUAGAUCGAAUGAGCUUGCCCGUGGGGGUCUAAAAACACGCGACCGCGGCCAGGGGCAGACAUUCCCAACACGUCUGUAGCCCCGUUUCCAAACGCUGCGGCCAGCGUCGUAAACUGGAAGGCACGGCGCGCCGCAGGAAUUCGCGAAAACGAGUCAGGAGCGGCGAGGGCAGCAUUCAAAGCGUCUAGACUUUGCCUGGUCUGAAUGGGGUUCCCCGCAAACACGACAAUGCUGAGGACAUGAAUGAGGCGGAGCCCUGGACUGAUCUGAGUGGACGACGCACUGGAACUUUCCCGUGUUUUUGAGCACUUGAUGUAGUCGAACUGGAUCCUCCGUGCUAUGUAUGACAUUGUCAGUCUGAGUUGGGGUCGACAGUCAAGCAAACCCGAACCCAAUGCUCCUCAGAUACACAUCGGGACCACGCUCUCCUGGCGAUAUCGUGGCCGCAGAGGGGUCGGUGAGACUCGAGUUGAUGAUAUUACUCGCUAUCGUAUUGUCAGAUGGAUGCAAUCCAUAUCAUUUGACAUACGAUAUGAGAUCCCUGGGCUGAAUGAGCAGCAUGUCGAGCCACACACACCACCAAAUCAGGCACAUACCGAGACCAAGAGUGAAUAAUUGGACGUUGACAUCGGUAUACCACUCCGUCAGAAGGUCCCUAGGCCCGUUUAUCUAUGAAGAGAUUCGCAUGUAUCGAGACGUGAGAUCACCUCGUUGGUUCCUUCCGACCUUCGAAUCGCGGGGGAUACUGGCCAGAGAUGAGUGUGCUGAUGACUUUGUCGUUGUCAAUGACAGUCUGAACACUGGGCCUGCGCUCCAGAUCGUAUGACUCGACAAGGGUCUUCUUUCCCAGGCCUUGCGAGCAGAACUAACAUUUACGCAUACUCUGAGCAAAGAAUGAGGAAUUCGAAUGAACUCUCACAGCCAGCUUCCAUGCAAGAUUAACGGCACUUGAGAAAGAAUAAUGAUCGGCCGUCACAGCGUUCAUGAACCAUGAAAUGACCUACUCAUGCACGCCUGUGUUGAGGCCUUGAGCCGAGCCAGAACUGUGGGUAUGACACGCGUCUCCAGCGAGGAAGACGCGAUCUUGGGCAGAGAAUGUUUCGGCAAUAGCUUGGCCAAUGCCCUGUUCGAAUCAGCCAACGAUCGAGUCAGCAUCCAUUGCGAGCUUGCUUGCUCACGUAGAUGGUGAACCAAUCCACUUCCAAAAACUCUACUUCAAAAGGCUGCAAGGCCUCGAUCGCUUCCUUCACGGCAAUCUCCUGGGUUACGCCUUCGACGCCGCCGUACUUCUCCAACAGAGCUUGAGAGAACACAUAGCCGAUCCGCGUCAGGCCACUGUCGAUCGGGCACCACAGGAUUUGGCCGUGUUCCUUGCUGUCAAUACUAUUCAGGCAGCGCGGAUUAGGCAUGUUCGUUUUCACGCGUGCGUCCAUCCGGAUCCAGCGGUGUGUCGUGCGCUCGCCAUUGAACGUGAUCCCAGCGAGAGUCCGCACGGUUGAGCGUCCGCCCUAAACAUCAAUUUAUCAUGUUCUGGGGAACAUCGCUUGGGAAGCUCACGUCGGCACCAACGAGAUAUUUUCUUGAGUGAUGAUCAGAUCGCGUGCUGUACAGGAAAACAGGACAAACAGACGCUUUGACUUCGACCAGCGCGUCGCUGCUGAGAUCUCUAACGCGCACACUCACAGGAUACCCAUCGGCGCUGUUCUC